AAUGCAAUUAAUUAAUUAAUUAAGUGUAUAAAAAAGUAAAUGGGAGAGAAGCGAUUAAUAAUUUUGGUAUGAAUAUGAAUAUGAUCCCCAAAUCCAAUUGAAGCAGUUGGCUGGCGUUGGGAGAAGAGGAGGAGGAGAUAUGUUUUCACCUAACCAACAGCAACAACAGAUGGCGGCAGUACAUGCUGCUGCUAAUCUGUUAAAUGUACAAGUUCCGCCACCGUCACCAAUGAACUAUGUUGCUCAGAAUAGGGAUGGAUUCGCAUUGUCUCAGGCAGAAUCACUAGUCCAUUCUUCUAAGAAACUUGAGGACGAAUUGCUCUCGUUAGGAAACAACAUAAAACACCAUGAAGAAAAUAUCAGACAAUUGAAGACUUGUAUAAGCAGUUUAGAUGACCAAAUUGCAGAUAUGCAAGUUACUCUUGCAAAGAAGAAUCAUUCACCAGACGCACCCCAGGCAACAUUAGAACAGAUAAUGCAGCAUCAGAAAUCAGCUGCUUCCAUUGUAUGCCAACUGAAGUAUAAUGCCGAUCCAAAUUCUUCUAUUAAUGAUCUCCUAGGUGUUGUUGCUACUCUAGGAAAACUCAAUGAUGACAACCUUAGCAGGAUUCUAUCAGAGUACCUUGGGCUAGAUACUAUGUUAGCAUUAGUUUGCGUGACAUAUAAUGAUGUUGAAGCUCUGGAAACUUAUGACAAAGAAGGCUUUGUAAGUAAAAGCUCUGGGCUUCAUGGGCUCUCAGCUUCAAUCGGUAGGCCCAUAGAUGGACGGUUUAAUGUAAUCUGUCUAGAGAAUUUAAGACCAUAUGUUGGUGAGUUUAUACCGGAUGACCCGCAAAAGCGGCUUGCUCUUUUGAAACCGAAGUUACCAAAUGGUGAAUCUCCACAAGGUUUUCUAGGGUUUGCUGUAAAUAUGAUCCAGCUUGAUAGCGCACAUUUGAUAUCUCUCACAAGUGAUGGACAUGGGCUUAGAGAGACUCUUUUCUAUAAUCUAUUCUCGGGGCUGCAAGUUUACAGCACAAGGGCCCACAUGCUUCAGGCUCUCCCUUUUUUAUCCCACGGAGCCAUAUCACUGGAUGGCGGGUUAGUAAGGAGCAAUGGUGUUAUUGUUUUUGGCACUCGGGAUGAGAUGAAAGUUAGAUUUGCAAGAAGCUCUUUUGCAGGUGACGAUAUUGAAAAUAAAAUGAAGGAACUGAAAUGGAGAAAGGAAACAUCGGUGGAAGAAGUGCAGAGAGAAGAAGCAAUUGUACAACAUGUCAAGUACAUAUUUGAAGUCAAGAAGCAAGAAUUUGUUAGGCUCAUGGCACAAAGCUCACCAUAUGUCGUCAUGCAGUAUCCAGUUCAAGCAGCUCCAAGGAGAUCGACUCCUAGAUGAUACAUGUUAUUGGCUCAGGAUUUGAUUUGAGUUCAAGAAAAAAAGCCCCAACAUGCAUACAACUGUUUUGUUUUGUUUUGUUGUGUUUGUAUUUGUGGAUGAUCUUCAUGUUAAUGUUUAAUAAAAUGCUCAUGUGUAUCUUGGUUGGAUUCAUAUGAUACCAAGGAAUUUUGUUACAAUCGCUUGAAAUUGGAAGGCUGUUUGGAUGUGCAACUGAUUAUUGAAAUCA